AUGGAUGACUUGUUGGUAACAGGUGAAAACAAAAAUGUACUAUCAGAUUUCAAAGGCAAAAGGGAGAGCAUGUUUGAAAUAUCAGAUUUGGGUGAAAUGUCUUAUUUCCUUAGCAUGAAAGUGUUUCAGACUCAGCAAGGAAUUUUUUUAAACCAGAAGGCAUUUGCUUUGAAAAUUUUUAAUAGAUUCUCCAUGCAAAACUGUAAAGCAACUAGUACUCUAGUUACUAUUGGAGAAAAGUUAACAAGCCAAUGUGAUUUCGAGAAAGUGAAUAAUUCAACCUAUAGGAGCCUAGUUGGAUGUCUGCUCUACUUGACAGCUAUAAGACUAGACAUAAUGUUUGCAAUCAGUCUCUUAUCUAGGUUCAUGCACUGCUGCAAUGUAAACCAUUUUCAAGCUACUAAGAGAGUUCUCAGGUACAUUAAAGGCACUUUGAGCUUUGGGAUGAUGUUUACCAAGGUUGACAGUAUGAAGCUCAUUGGUUUUGCUGACAGUGCUUGGCAGGAUCAAUAG